AUGUUAUCCCAAGAUUACCCUACUUACCUCUCCUACGACUCAUCCUCGCCUCCCUUCUCAGACUCUUCAUACAACCCUUCACCAGGCUCUCUACCAUGUCCUCCACCAUCCAGCGCCAUUCCUCCCUACUUCGCGUCCCUCGACCUAUCUGAGCCCUCUCACAUCGCACCUUCAAGGGCUCCGUCCUACUCUUCCCAGUCUUCCCAAUCCUCGUCUGGCAAUCCACGUUCCAUGCGUCGAUCCUCAAAGCUCACCAUAUCGCACCCAUACGCCCGCCUGUACGCGCGCAAGGACGUUACGAAGCGGCGCAAGAUCUGGAAUCACGUCCUCGAGAAAUCCCUUUUCAGCCCACACGAACUCUCGACUCUGGGCGCACCACACAGACGCACAAUCUAUAUCGCGUCUCUCGAGGCCCACAUCGAUCGUCUCCACUCCCAACUCCUCUCCUACGAGCUCUACCCCAUCCCUUUCGACAAGCUAGAGCCUUACAAGGGUCUCAACUCCAAAACGGCAAAGAGCAUGGUAUCGGGCCUCCAGCACGACGCAACCCAUACAAAGCUAAAACUUCUCGAGUUACAACGAUCGAACAACCACCUCCGUGACGUCCUCUCAGGCCUAGACCCCCGCUCUACUUGUUCAUCCAAUUCCAAUUCUCCUGUAUCUAUCGGCCCGGGCUCAACAGCGGUAGCAGGUGCGCACGGCGGCGGAGGCGCAGUCACUCCAUCCACACACGCAGGCUCACACGCACACUCGCCACACGGUGCACCUGUCAACGGGGGCCUCCUCGAAGAGGAAACCCAAUGUCGCUAA